UCAUAACUCUUCUUAUAUAUAUCUCAACAAAAUAAUUCCACACAAAAAUCACAUAUUUUUCAAUACAAAUACAAUUCACAUUAGGUUGUUCUUUUUUGAAACUUUUAUUAUGGCUUCAAAAAAGUUGAUUUGUGUGUUGUUACUUGUGGUGCUAUGUUUGUUUAAUUUUAGUAGUUGUAAAGAAAUACAUGAUGAUGAAAUUGUUGAACAACAAAUUAGUAAAGAAAAUGAAAAUUCAGAGUCAUCAUCAUGGGCAGGAUGGGCUAAAGAUAAGAUUUCUGAGGGACUUGGUUUGAAAUCUAGUGAUCAUGAUGAUUCAAGUGUUAAAUAUGCUUCUGAUUCAACUAUGGAUGCUGCUAAGAAUGCUAAAGAUAAGAUCACUGAUACUGCUUCAGGGACCGGACAAUACGUAGCAGACAAGGCAGGAAAUCUGAAGAACGCAGCGGAAGAAGUGAAAAACAGAGCAUACGAAACAGGUGAAGAAGCGAAAAACAGAGCAUACGAGACUGCGGAAGCAGCGAAACAAAAAGCAUCUGAGAAAUCAGAGGAAGUCUACUCAAAAGCAGGGGAAGCAAAAGAAAAAGCCUAUUCAGAAGCAGAGAAGGCGAAAGAUAAGGCGUGUUCAGACGCUGAAAAGGCGAAACACACGACCUCCGAGAAAGCACAAGAAGCUUACCAUAAAACAGGGGAAGCAAAGCAAAAAGCCGCGGAGGAAACAGAGGAAGCAAAGGGGAAAAUGAAGGAGAAGGCAGAGGAACAUGUAAAUUGGGCGAAAGAAGGAUACGAAACCGCGAAAAACAAAGCGGGAGAGACAUUGGAGAGAGCUAAAGAAAGUGUAGCUUCAAAUUUGGAAUCAGCUAAGGAGAAAGUAAAAGGGAAAAAUAGAGAUGAAGAGUUAUGAGUAAAUUGUGCACACUCUACUUUCAAUGUCGCGCGAUAGAAUACGAAUACGUAACCUUUGAUAUUUUCGAAGGGUCCGAGUUGUUUGCUAUAUGUUUGUAUUUUGUGGAGUAUUAUAGGUUUUAUAUGUAAUAAGUAAAACAGAAAGCUGAUGUGUUUUGUUUGUAUUGUGUUGUAAAAAAUGUAUUACUGGACUCUUUCUUUUAUAACAGUAUGUUUGGCCUUA